AUGAAGCCAGAGCGGUCGCAGCCCUAUUCAGUGCCAGAUGAAUGCAAGACGUUGCUGGAGACUGGGAUUUUGGGGACACAAUUGCAGCAUUCGUUGCCGGCUGAAUGCAAAGAACUGGCCCAACACGUCAAAUUCGAAGGCUCAGCAGCGCCCAGCAUCGCCAUCAACUGGAGACUGGCUGAGAGUGUGGCCUCCCUGAAAGGCUUCGAGGCCGUCAUGAUCAACGCGUUACUCGGGAGAAAGUACCAGGAACCCCCCAAGGAGAUCCGCAUCAACACGGACCACGCACAGCUGUUUUUCAUGUCGUCGAUCGUGCUUGAGGUCGACCCGGACUUCUCUGCUCCCAUAUCACCCACGCCGAUCCGCGAUCUCACGGAACGAUAUGCGAAGUACUUUCCAAACUGCGAUCUUCACCAGAUGGCGUCGACGUUGUAUCGCCGCGCCGCCUACAACAUUUAUCAGACCAAGGAUGGCAAGUGGUUCCACAUCCACGGAAGCCUCAAUCCGGAUCCAUCACUCGAGGCCGCCGGCAUGCCUAGGGACAUGCCGGAAAUCACGACCAUCGAGGACUCGUGGACCCCGUUUGUCAAGGUCAUGAAGGAGAAGACUGCAGAGGAAUGGGAUGAGAUCCUCGGUGAAAAGUAUCGCCAGGCCGCGACCAUUUGCUUGAGCCCUGACGAGUACGCCGCCAGUCCUCAAGGCAAAGCAAAUUCCACGGUUGACUUGUAUCGGAUCACCAAGCACACAGGAUCCAGUCAAGCGGCCGCGUGGUGGCAGUCGACCAGCUUCACCAGCCCACAACGACCGCUUGCUGGUCUCAAGGUCGUUGAUCUGACCAGGGUGAUCGCGGGGCCUGCAAUUGGGAGAGGGUUGGCGGAACUCGGCGCCAGUGUCAUGAGAGUCACGGCUUCUCACCUCCCUGACUUUUCGGGUCUACAGCCCGAUCUCAACUGGGGCAAAUGGAACUGUUCGCUGGAUCUGAGGCAGGAGGAGAACCGACUGAAGCUGAGGAAUCUCAUCUUGGAGGCGGAUAUCGUGGUCAACGGCUACCGACCAGACGUCCUGACCAAAUACGGGUUUGGCCAAGACCAGGUGUUUGACAUGGUCAAAGAUCGGGAUCGAGGUAUUAUUUACAUCCGCGAGAACUGCUUCGGGUGGGACGGCCCUCUGUCUCACCGGAGUGGGUGGCAGCCCAUCAGCGAUGCUCACACAGGCGUGUCCAUGGGCUACGGUCGCGCCAUGGGCCACGACGAGGCCGUGACGCCCGUGUUCCCCAACUCCGACUACUGCACCGGCAUCAUCGGGACCUGUGGCGCGCUGCACGCACUCAUGGAGCGAGCCUCCCAGGGCGGCUCGUACCUGGUCGACACCUCCCUCAACUACUACAACCAAUGGCUCGCCCUGACGGUCGGGGAGUACCCACCCGAAGUGUGGGAGGACGUCUGGACCAGAAACGGCCGAGCGGCGUUCCGGCACUACCACAGCAUGAACUACACGAUCCCGCGGUACAUUGAGAUGAUGAAGAAGGACAAGACGGUCCUCAACCCGGAGUUUUUCGAGAAGAGGACCUCCGGCGCCUUGGACGGACUCGUCUUUCGAACACCCAAGCCCGUCCUGCAGUUUCCGCCGGAUACGGUGCGGUUGGGAUUCAAUGUGGGAACCAGGGGCAACGGGGUCGAUCAGGCGCGGUGGCCGGAGAAUCUACUCACUGAGGUCGUCAAGGAAUGA